AUGUUUCGUUCUGACCAACAUGCGCUCGCUGUCGCAGCCUUGACCGCACUUGGUGAAGACCUCGUUGGCAGACGAGGGCGCGUUGUCAUUAUGCCCGAUGCAGAUACUGAUGUAGCCAUAAACCCACAUGUGGACGUCGAUGCGCGUGGUCACAGGAGGCGGCGGUCCCGCUCAAGGAGCUCGCGAAGGACGAGGAAGAGGAGGGGCUCUGUUUCGUCCAGGUCCUCGACACGCACAAAUCGGACACUUUCGUCAUGCUCUAGCACAAAGUCGCUUAGCAAAGCAUCCAGGCGUUCGAAGACAGCAGAAUCAAAAGCGAAAUCAACGACUUCAAAGGCGGCUAGUGCGAAAGCAAUGUCGAUAGGUAGUGUAGCCAGUGCGUCGAGCCGAAGAAAGACGGUCGUAACAGUAGCGCCACACCCCAAGCCCGAAAAAUACGUACCACCACCCCGUGGAACGUUUCGGUCCUCUUAUACGCGCCAUCUUCGUGCGGAUGUUAUUGGUGCGCUAGUUUCAGAACUUGAAGGUUUGCAUAUGCCGGAGUCUGUACCUUUGCUUACCGAGAAGUCAGCAGAGGCAGGACACCAGCAAGAACCUGGUUCUUCUUCCACACAUUCGCAGAAGGAGGUCGCAAUACGUCCACCACUGUCUCUCGUGUUAACGCGUCCUAACAUCGGGCUCGAGGAUCUACCAACCCUCGCGCUUGCGGAGUUCGACUUCUUUUCAGCGUCGCGUUCGAGGAAUGCGCAGAUCAGAGAGACAAGUGAGGUAUGGGGCCGUAGCCCGGCUGCACCGUCGCCACCUGGUGUGCGUCGGUGGUUGAAAAAUGCAAGACAGCCGCCUAUUGGGACUGUUGAAGAGGUAGAGGAACGCUCAUCGCAGAACUCUGGAGAAGGAGGGAGAAGCGAAGCAGACAGUAAAUGA